AUGGACCACGUGGAGGCAAGAAAGGCGCACAAGUGCGACUGCCUUUACUCCGGCGAGUUCAGCUGGCAGACGCGGGAUAGUGCAUAUGGCCAGCGGCUGGUUUGCGAUGGUACGGCUGUCAACCUGGUCUGCGGUGGUGUGGUUGUCAGCCUGGGCCGGCUUAACGGAGCAACGGGCGAUAGAGACCUUCAGCGUACCGGCAGGGCACGGUAUGCAGGCCCGACCUUUGUGGUCGACUUCACCCGCUUGCUUGAGUUCCGCCAUUAUGCUCCGGACAAGGAGGCGAUUGGUGUUGGCGUGUACCUGGUGGGGAGACCGAAGGGCGGCCAACACGGGCAGCUGUUGGAGGUGCCCCCGAGUACACGGUGCGCGGGGCAGGAGAGCGAGGAUGCGGGUCCCGUGCUGGGCCAGGUCGAGCAGGAGCUGAGAUAG